AUGUUACAAAAAAAAUGGAAAUGGGUAAAAAGAGUGUUUAAUCGCAUGAAUAGUGUUUUGACACUUUCUCGAUCUAAUCCCACUUUUUCGGAGGUUCAAAGCUCUAUUGCCGAGAUUAACAAAAAAAUAAAUUUACUUUUAACCACUAAAAAGCAUUAUGUCAAUUUUUCGGCUUACGAAAAAUAUUUUGACUUUUUGUCUGAAUUAGGAUUACGAGAGGAUUUUGAAAUUAACACUACCCAAGAUAAAAUAGUUUUGCGGGGCACUAGUUUACGGCCUCUUUUGCUAAACUCCCAUAAUCAAAAAGUUCUUAUUUUUUGUCACGGAGUUACUAAUAAUCGUUGGUCGCUCUUUUAUUGCAUGCAUUUGGCUCUUCAAAUUGGUUAUCAAGUAGUUACUUAUGAUGCUCGUAAUCACGGUCUCUCCGAAAAAUCUUAUACUAGUUUAGGACAAGUUGAGGCAAGCGAUUUACAGGACAUAAUUAAUUACGUGCAAAAAAAAUACUGCCCAAAAAAAAUCGGUCUCUAUGGGAAAGAAAAUUAUUACUUAAAAGAAUAUUUUGCUAGUCAAAUAGUUCAGCGUUCCCUACGCGUUUUUCUGGCUGAUUUGGCUAAAGUUAAUCCCCUAGACGCCUUACCUUCUCUCCUGCCCUUGAAAUUAUUGCUAAUUCAUGAAGAAUAUGAAGAAAUAAAAGCAUUGCAAACUGAAUACCAAGAAUUAAUUAGUCAGGAAACUAGUUUCGAAGGAAAAAGUGUUCUUAAAGUUGAAAUUAGAGAACUAGAAAAGCAAAAAGAAGAACUAAUUAAUCAAGUAAAAGAAAAGUUGAUUGAAUUUACUGAAAAAGAAGAAGGAGAACGAGGAGUGUUAGUAGAAAUCCGUCCGGGGACCGGAGGAAAGGAGGCUGGAUUAUUCACUAAUGAUCUCUAUAAUAUGUAUUACGUUCAGCGAGUUCCCGAUACUGAAAACAAAGGGCGUAUUCAUACUUCCACCGCCAGCGUGGUAAUUUUGCCUGAACCACAAGAAAUUGAUUUAAAAAUUACGGGUAAAGAUUUAAAAAUUGAGACUUAUCGGGCCAGCGGUCCCGGUGGACAACACGUGAACACUACUGAUUCAGCUGUGAGAAUUACCCAUAUUCCCACCGGCCUAACUGCCACUUCUCAGCAAGGACGUAACCAAAACGAAAAUAAAGCCAAUGCUCUUUCUGUCUUAAAAAUUCGCUUGUAUGAAGACCACCAACAACGAAAAAAAAAAUCGGAAAAUGAUUUGCGCUUAGCCAUGAUUGGCUCUUCUGAACGAGCCGAAAAAAUUCGCACCUAUAAUUGA